AUGCUUUACGGGACGGCAUCGCCAAUUGCAAUGAUGACAUUUCCUGAGCGAAUUGGAGUCAUCACUGCGAUUACGCAGUCGUCUCUUGGUCUCGGAUUGUGCAUUGGGCCUCCCAUUGGAAGUGUUUUGAUACCCUUGGGAGGAUAUAAAACACCUUUUAUAGCAGUAGCUCUUGUAGAGUUUUUAGUUUACUUAGCCAGUAUUGCAAUAUUACCCUCUCGAGGUUCCGAACAAAACAAAUCGAAGUUUCGGGCUUCUAGUUACAUUAAAUUUAUUUUCAAGUUUUCGACAAUGAGUGUCGUGAUUCCAGGAGCUGCCAUAACAUGCAUCUCGGGUGUCCGAGAUACUGCGUAUUCAUUGUACUUCACAGAUGUUCUUGGAAUCGACUCUGAAACUGUUGGUUACCUUUUCAUAGCAAAUUCUGUAGCCUUUCUAUUGACUUGUCCAUUGGUGGGGUUGGUUGUAGAGCUAGGAUUUGGUCCUUUUCUAAUAGUUUUCUGUCAACUAACAGUUCCGUUAAACGCACUUGGCUUCUUUUUGCCUAAAUAUUUCCCAAAACUGCAAUCAAUUCCGUGGUCAUUAACACUGCUAUUCUUGAAUGGCUUCUUUGCAGCUUCAAUGAUGAACCCUAUCUAUUUAAUUCUGGAAAAAGUGGCACUCAAAGAAGGUUUGCGUGAUCGAAAUCAAAUCAAAACAAUAGUAGCUUCUACUUUUAAUUUGAUAUACUGCGUUGGACUCACAAUUGGGUCGUUUUUGAUUGGUGGCUAUCUGAACGACCAGGUCGGAUUUUAUUACAUGAGUCUGUCGUACACUGGACUUCUGACUAUCACAGCCAUUUGGCAUUUAGCUUUUUUGUAUCAAAAUAACUUCAUUAGAAGACUCUUUUAUGAUACACAUUUCGAGUCUGAUGAUAUAGAGUUUGAAGAUAAAAGCGAGAAAGAUGAUGAAAAAGAAGAAAAUAGUUUGAUCUCGAGAAGCAACAUGACCGAUUUGAUUUUGUUAAGUUUAACAAGAUCGGAGUACUUGCAACGAUAAACUAAUUUUAAAUCAUUUUGUU